GUCGAUGGUGUCGGUGGACAUCAGCGAGGUCGUCAUUCGUCAAAUGCUGCAGAAAUACGGCCCGCUCGGCAUGACCUUCACCCGCAUGGACUUGAUGAAGCUCGAGUUCCCGGACAAGAACUUCACGUGCGUGCUCGACAAGGGCACGCUGGACGCCGUCUUCACCCAGGACGACGAGCACACGGCGCGCAUGGUGGACACCAUGUUCACGGAGAUCGGCCGGGUGCUAAAGGUUGGCGGGAGGUACGUCUGCGUGUCGCUGCUGCAGGGCCACAUUCUCAAGAAGCUGCUGGAGUGGUUCCCACAGCAGGGCUGGAUGGUUCGCAUUUGCAGGUGUAAGGGUGCUGAGAACUCCGACUCCGGUGGGAUACCUUUCCCUGUCUUUAUUGUGGUGUGCACAAGUUUGCUCCUGCCGGACCGGAAGCCCAUGAGCGUGCUGGAGGUGAGCCUGCAGGACGAGCGGCCGCGUCGGCUGCCCUCGGCCGACGCCGUGCGGCAGGCGGUCACCGGGCUGCAGCAGUUCGCCUUCACGCGCCACGGUCUGGCUGCUCCUGGCAGCGGUGAGGACGUGCGGCUGGAGCUGUGCGAUGCCGAUGGCGACGAGGCCAGGUUCACGCUUUUCGUCGUCGACCGCUGGCGCAAGAAGACGAAGAAGGCGUUCGCCAUCUUCAUCGUGCCGCAGGGGCGGGAGACGGAGUGGCUGUUCGGCACGCCGGCCGGCCGCCGUCAGCUGGCGGAGACGGCUGGUCAUGACCGGCUGGUGGUGGUUCACCUGCCUGACCGGCGGCGGCGCUACGGCGCCCUGCAGGAGGUGCAGGAGCAGCUGUCGGGCAGCGUGCUCCAGCUGCGGCCGGCGCACCUCCGGGACGAUGUCCAGGUGCCGUUCCUGACCUGUGCCGGUGACCUGGGGCGGCGGGAGCUGCGUCACCGCGGCACUAGCGCUGUCUCCGGCGACUACGUGGUGGAGGACGUACACCUCGAGCAUGGCGACGUCUUCCGCCGACUCGUCUUCCUCUCGAACGUCAACAUCGUUCAGUCGGAGGCCAAACUCAAACCAGUGGCGGCGAAGGGCGGCCAGCGCUCGUUGGCGGUGGACGCGGAGCACCUCUCGUGCUUGCAUCAUCGGUACAUGGACCGGCCGGCCCGCCUGCUGCUGGUGGGGCUGGGUGGCGGCGGGCUGGCGCGCUUCCUACAUGACAAGUUCAGCCAGGCCGCCCUCGACGUGGUGGACAUCGACCCGGAGAUGGUGGCCGUAGCGCGCGACUGGUUCGACUUCGCCGAGGACCGGCGGCUAACCGUGCACGUGGCCGACGGCCUCCACUUCAUCCGGGACUGCAAAACGCAGGGUCGGCAGUACUCGGUCAUCAUGUUUGACGUGGACUGCAAGGACCCCAGCUUGGGCAUGAGCUGCCCGCCGGCUCCGUUCGUGGAGCCAGACCUGCUCCGCGAUGUCCGCGAUUGCCUGUGUGAGGACGGCGUGUUCGUGCUGAACCUGGUGGCCCGGGACGCGGCGCUGAGCGGCCGCGUGCGGGCCGACCUGAGCGCCACGUUCGCCGCCUGCGUCUCGUACCCGAUCCCGGAGGAGGUCAACGAAGUGUUGUAUUGUCUGCGCCGCCGGCCCGACGGUGAUCUGACCGAGACGGCGCGCGCCGCGGCCGGCGCCGUCAACAGCAAGCUCUCGAGCACGCGCAAGGGCAAGACCCGCCGCGACUUCAUGGACAUGACGUCAUUCGCGCGGGAGCUCAAGAACCUCUAGUGCAUGCGGCAAGUUCGAAAUGCGCAGUGCUAUCGUGUUGUCUGUGAUCAUCGUCGUCGGAUGCGAAUACUUUUUGAUACCUGUUGUGGAGGCUGGAUU